CGUCGGAUGGAGAUUUUUUUUCCCAUGAAUAAGAGAGAGAAAAAGAGAGAGUGAAUGUAUGUGUGUGUGAAUGUGGGACUCGGCUAAAGAGCCCAGGAACCUGAGAGUGGGAGAACUAAGCACAUGCCACGAGAUCACCCGAGUCAUGGGAUCACUCUUUGAUCCCUCUAUGAAGAAGAAUCUUAUCCAUCACUGUUCAAAAAUCUUAAGCAAGCGAUUGAAAGUAGCUCACAAAUAUGGGCCUUGCUCACCAUUGAAGAAAGAAAAAUCAAAAAUUCCAAGUCUUCACCAGAUUCUCAUCGACGACCAAACCCGAGUCAAUUCCAUCCAUUCCAGAACCUCCAACCAACAGUCACUAGUAGCAGAUUCUACAGCAAAACUACCUGCCAACUCUGGCAAUUCCCUAGGGACUGGAGACUUCGUUGUCAGGCUUGGAUUUGGAACACCUGAGCAAAAUUUCACAGUAAUUUUUGAUACAGGUAGUGAUCUCACUUGGAUCCAAUGCCAACCAUGCGCCACCCAAUGUUAUACCCAACAAGAUCCCUACUUCAACCCUUCUGCAUCAUCCACCUAUUCCAACAUCCCUUGUGACUCCGACGCAUGCUCCCAACUGUCUUCAGCGGGCUACUCACAGUCAUCCUGCACCACCGAUUGCCUCUACCAGGUCACAUAUGGUGACGGAUCCUACUCUCAAGGCAACUUUGCAACCGAUACACUAACACUAUCUUCCUCUGAUGCCUUCACCAAUUUCGAAUUCGGGUGUGGUCAGAACAACCAAGGCACAUUUGGUACUGUAGAUGGAUUACUAGGCCUUGGCCGCAGUCAGAUCUCUAUGAUAUCACAGACUGCUCUAACGUAUGGAGAGCUUUUCUCUUAUUGUCUGCCAUCCACAACCAGCUCCACUGGUUUUCUUGCAUUCGGUACCCAAGCGGGUUCCUCUUCUACUCCUCAAUACACUCCACUACUAACAAAUUCAAACUACCCCUCAUUCUAUUUCCUAAAUAUGACGGGUAUAAGUGUUGGAGGGAAGAAAUUAUCAAUCCCAGAAUCAGUUUUUAUAAUUUCAGGAACCAUUAUAGACUCUGGAACUGUCAUCACUCGUUUGGCACCAACAGCCUAUUCAGCUCUCCGAUCAGCAUUUCGUCAAGCAAUGUCCAAGUAUCCCGCUGCGGCGUCACCGGAUUCACUAUUUGACACUUGCUAUAACUUGUCUGGAUACACUACAAUUACAGUACCAACCAUAGUAUUGCAUUUUGGGGGAGGUACUGACUUGAAUGUCGAUAAGUCUGGGAUUCUAUGUGAAGUAAGCUCAGAUAUAUAUUGUUUGGCUUUUGCUGGAAACAAUGCUGAUACAGAUUUGGAGAUCCUUGGAAAUAUGCAACAGCAAACAUUUGAGGUGGUUUAUAACGUGGCAAAAGAAAAGCUGGGAUUUGGCGCUGGAGCUUGUAGCUAAUGAGAACCAGCCCUUUGUAAUAUAAAGAUGAUAUUAACCAGAAAUCAGAGUGAUUGGUGAAGUAAUAGAAAUAUGAACUAGCAAUAGGAAAUAAAAACAUUCCUUCAAUUUGGUGUUUCUUGCCACUUCCCCUUGUA